GUAGAAUAUUGGACAUUCAGAUCCAGGAUCCAUUAAGACUCUAUCACCUUGAAUCAAGGAUUUAACUGAUACCCUCCUCCAUCUUUUAUUCAUAUCAAUUAACAUUUUUCAAAAAAAAUUGACAAAUUCACCAUAAGGGAAUUUUUAAAAAAUAAUACUACCCACGUUUUCAAAUGCCGAAGAAUAGCAAGGUGGUAAAAAGAGAAUUAGAUGAUGAAGUUAUUGAGUCUGUCAAAGACCUUCUUUCCAAUGAAGACUCAGCUGAUGAUGCUUUUAAGAAGAGUGAACUAAUUGUUGAUGUUCAGGAGGAAAAAGAUAUAGAUGUUGAAGAGGAAUCAGAAGUUGAAGAUGAAAGACCAGCUUGGAACAGUAAACUACAAUACAUCCUGGCCCAAGUUGGAUUUUCUGUGGGUUUAGGAAAUGUGUGGAGAUUCCCAUACCUAUGUCAGAAGAACGGAGGUGGUGCAUAUCUUUUGCCGUAUUUAGUACUGCUUCUGGUAAUAGGUAUUCCCCUUUUUUUCCUGGAACUUUCUGUGGGUCAGAGAAUUCGGCGAGGAAGCAUUGGUGUAUGGAAUUACAUAAGCCCUAAACUGGGUGGCAUUGGAUUUGCAAGUUGUGUAGUGUGCUUUUUUGUGGCUCUCUACUACAAUGUCAUCAUUGGCUGGAGUUUGUUUUAUUUUUCUCAGUCUUUUCAGCAACCUCUACCUUGGGAUCAAUGUCCUUUGGUGAAAAAUGCUUCACACACUUUCGUAGAGCCGGAAUGUGAAAAAAGUUCUGCCACCACCUAUUACUGGUAUAGAGAAGCCCUGAAUAUUUCCAGUUCCAUUUCUGAAAGUGGGGGCUUAAACUGGAAGAUGACCGUCUGCUUGCUGGCCGCCUGGGUUGUAGUUUGCUUGGCUAUGAUCAAAGGCAUUCAGUCUUCUGGAAAAAUCAUGUAUUUUAGUUCUCUUUUCCCAUAUGUGGUACUUAUAUGCUUCCUAAUCAGAGCACUCCUUUUAAAUGGUUCAAUUGAUGGCAUCCGCCACAUGUUUACCCCUAAGCUUGAAAUGAUGCUGGAGCCCAAGGUCUGGAGAGAAGCUGCCACCCAGGUGUUCUUUGCCUUAGGGCUGGGGUUUGGUGGCGUCAUCGCCUUUUCAAGCUACAACAAAAGAGACAACAAUUGCCACUUCGAUGCUGUCCUGGUGUCCUUCAUUAAUUUUUUUACAUCUGUCCUGGCAACACUGGUGGUGUUUGCAGUUCUGGGCUUCAAAGCAAAUGUCAUAAAUGAGAAAUGCAUCGCAGAAAAUUCGAAAAUGAUCGUAAAAUUUUUGAGAAUGGGCAACAUUAGUCAGGAUAUUAUUCCUCAUCAUAUCAACCUGUCAGCUGUUACUGCAGAAGAUUAUCAUUUAGUUUAUGACAUCAUUCAAAAAGUGAAAGAAGAAGAGUUUCCUGCUCUUCAUCUCAAUUCCUGUCAAAUUGAGGAUGAGCUAAAUAAAGCUGUUCAGGGGACUGGUUUAGCUUUUAUUGCCUUUACGGAAGCAAUGACACAUUUCCCUGCAUCUCCCUUCUGGUCAGUGAUGUUCUUCCUCAUGCUCGUCAAUCUAGGGCUUGGCAGCAUGUUUGGAACCAUUGAAGGGAUCAUCACACCUGUUGUGGACACUUUCAAAGUGAGGAAAGAAAUUCUUACUGUUAUCUGUUGUCUUCUGGCAUUUUGUAUUGGCCUGAUAUUUGUGCAACGUUCUGGAAAUUACUUCGUUACAAUGUUUGAUGAUUAUUCUGCUACACUGCCUCUGCUAAUUGUAGUCAUUUUGGAGAAUAUUGCUGUAUCCUUUGUUUAUGGCAUAGAUAAGUUUAUGGAAGACCUGAAAGAUAUGCUGGGCUUUGCUCCCAACAGAUAUUACUACUAUAUGUGGAAAUAUAUUUCUCCUCUAAUGCUAUUAUCACUGCUAAUAGCUAGUGUUGUGAAUAUGGGAUUAAGUCCUCCUGGCUAUAAUGCAUGGAUUGAAGAUAAGGCAUCUGAAGAAUUUCUGAGCUAUCCAACCUGGGGAAUGGUUGUCUGUAUCUUGCUGAUGGUCCUGGCAAUACUCCCUGUCCCAGCUGUCUUCGUCAUUCGUCGCUGCAACCUGAUAGACAAUAGCUCUGGCAAUUUAGCAUCUGUGACCUAUAAGAGAGGAAGGGUCCUGAAAGAGCCUGUAAACUUAGAGGGAGAUGAUGCAAGCCUCAUUCAUGGAAAGAUACCCAGCGAGAUGUCAUCUCCAAAUUUUGGUAAAAAUAUUUAUCGAAAACAGAGUGGAUCACCAACUCUGGAUACUGCUCCCAAUGGACGAUAUGGAAUAGGGUACUUAAUGGCAGAUAUGCCGGAUAUGCCAGAAUCCGAUUUGUAG